GGCUCCGCCCCGGUCCCCAGCGGCCAAUGGGAGAUGGCCCCGCCCCCGGGCUCUGGCCUCGCCUCCACGGCCUGGUCCCGGCCCUGGGCUCGGGCCUCGCCUCCGGGACGGCCAAUGGGAGCGUGCCCACCCCGCCCCCGCUCAGGCUCCGCCCCUCGGCCGGCAGGCAGCCCGGGAACGGGAACGGGAUCGGGAUCGGCACCGGGAGCGGCCCUACGAUGGGCGGGUGGCGGGAUAUGUCAGCGGAGGAGCUGGAGGACCAUUACUCUCCCAGUCGCUGGUCCCCCCGCCUGGACCGGGACACCAUCAUCGACGCCCACCUCGCGGUGACGGCGGCAGGAACCGAGCGGGCCCGGGCCAGCGGGCAGACCUUGCUGCACGUGCCCUACGGCGACGGGGACGGCGAGAAGCUGGACAUCUACUUUCCCACGGACCCUUCUGAAACCUUCCCGGCCCUGGUCUACAUCCACGGCGGAUACUGGCAGUGCCUGAGUAAGGACGACUCGGGGUUUGCAGCCCCCCCGCUGGUGUCGCAGGGGGUGGCAGUGGUGGCGGUGGGGUACGACAUAGCCCCUAAAGGUAGGUGCUGCCCUGCAGAGGCUGCGGCUGCUUGCGCAGCCCAGCGCCCUCCUGCCCUGCCCUUUGUCCUCUGCUCAGGCCACAUGGACACCAUGGUGCUGCAGGUGCGCCGCAGCCUUGUCUUCCUGGUGGAGCACUACCCCAGGAUCAGGCAGCGGCUGACGGAUCGGGAAACAUCUGAACCGACACAUUCAGACUGUGCCACCUCCUCUGCACGGAGCAAAGCGUGCCUAGGUGUCCGUAGGUGUCCCUCUCAGUCGCUCCCUCCUUCCAGAGGCAUUUACCUGUGCGGACACUCGGCAGGGGCCCACCUGGCAGCCAUGGUGCUGUCCACAGACUGGACAGAAUUCCAAGUGGUGCCAGAUAUCAAAGGAGUGGUGCUCGUGAGCGGCCUGUACGACCUGGAGCCCAUCCUGCACACCUACGUGAAUGAUGCCCUGAACAUGAGCUGGGAGGUGGCCCAGAGGAACAGCCCCAUGAGACACGUCACCCCAGCAGUGCCAGCAGCCUGUGAGGUGCUCAUGGCUGUGGCCCAGCACGACUCCCCAGAGUUUCGCAGGCAGUCCCAGGAGUACAGCCAGGUGAGCACCAGGCAGUCCCAGGAGUACAGCCAGGCCCUGCGUGCAGCAGGCUGGUCUGUCUCUGUGCUGGACCUGGCUGGUGUGGAUCACUUUGAUGUCAUUGAGAGGCUGUCAGAGGACAGCUACGUCCUCACUCAGGUGAUUCUGAACAUGAUUUCAAGAGCACGAUGACACCUCAGGAGUAAAGAGAUGGGGACUGUGGCCCUGUGUGGUGGCAAUGGGCAUCUAGCAUCCCCUGCCUGCUGCCCCCUCGGUCUAACACAGGGCCACUGCUGUCUCAGACCCACACCGUGCCCUCUCUGCUCAGUCCAGCCCAGGCUGGUGCCCCUUCCCUGCAGUGCUCCUGCCUGCUGGAGCAGAGGGGACUGAGGGCUGCAAGGCUCUGACUGGGCAGCUGGAUCAUGAAGUUUGUUCUGUCAGUGUCCUUUAAACUGCACAUUGGCAAUACAAAAUAAAAUGCACAUUGGCAAUACAAAAUAAAA